CUCAUCACCAUGGAUACUGAAGGACAAUUGUAGCACUACAACUGCUGUGGAGAUGGAGCUAGGGAAAAGCAGGGCAGAAAGCAUGGGAGGAGGCAAGCCCUGCCCUACCACAGUAGGUGUGGACUCGAUUCUUGGGUAUUCGGGGCCUUCAGGUUGUCCAGCUGUCACAUCAGAGAACAAGGAAGGCAUCCUCUUCCAGGGUCACAGGACCUCUGACUGCAAAUCCACUUGAGCCACACUUCUCAGCCACAUCGCCUUGCUGAUCCCAGCAAUGCCCAGUCCAAUGAGCAGUGAUGUCAUAUUGUUUGGGUUGUUGGGAUCAUUCCUGAACCAUGAAACAGUUAAGAAAUAUCCUGCCCCACUGGCUGCCAGGCUCAUAAAGGUGGACCCACGUGUACUUCCUUCUUGUUCCAAGACGAACCAGCUCAUGCAUUUGCUCACACCCAGAGGGAGAGACAGCACAGGACUGCCACCUCCCAUGCAAAUCACCCCCAGGAGCGCAGCUGGGCUCCUCCCGCUGCUCCUGGGCAAUGCUCCUGGGCAGACCUUGCACAAGAUGCCAUCUAGGGCGCUGUGUAUUUUUCCUCAUUGUGGCUCUUUUGGCCGACGCUGUGGGCCUGAUCCUUUUGCUGCUGGGGAUCUUUGCCACACUAAACUACUGGGACUUCUUGGUCUACACAGGGGCUCUGAUCCUGGCCCUGAGCCUACUGUUCUGGCUUGCCUGGUAUUCCAUCAAUAUCGAGGUGCCUCUUGAGAAGCUGGACUGUUAGUGUGGCCAUGGACAGGAGAGAUGCAGGUGGUAUAUGCAGCUGUGAACUUGGGGCCACCUGGACAUGAAGCCUCCUCCCCCCACUGAACGCCCCACUGGGACCAGCCCAGGUCUGUCUAACACAGAAGAACCAAAUCAAGUAGGGCUCUCUUUGCAGCACAUCCCUGAGUGCAUCCAUCCGGGAGGGACCCAGACACUGCAAUGAUGAAGCUUUCAUAUCACCCACAGGGACAGCCACAAACGACUGUGACCACUACCAGGGCUCUACCGGGAACCUAGAC